CGGGUGCCAAUGGUUCCACCGAACCAUGCUUCCUCAUCACUUUCCCUCAUGAUGUACAAUGCGGAGGCUUUCCAGCCACCACCAGCACACAUGGGAAUCCCCCCAGUUCACAUAGAUCCCAAGACAGGUAUACCUAGAGCUCCUGUCUAUCCAAUUCCUACUCCUGGCCAGUAUCCUCAUCCUGUUUUCUCACCAGAUUUUACACAACAGUUCCAAUGGCAUCCUGGUGGGAUGUAUCCUAUGGCUCCUGGUUUUCGACCUCCACCUUACCCUGGAACGAUACCAAUGUCCACUGCCAAUUUGCCCAGCAAGUUUUCACCUCCAACUCUCAUACCUCCUCAUCCUGGUAUACCCACCAGUAUGAGUCAUCAUCCAUUAUUAGGUCCUGGGCCAAAGAUCGAAAUGCCUGAUUCACAUGAUAGUCGGCAAAUUCCCAACAUUCACCAUAGUCAACACCAAAGCAGCAAUAGUUCGAGCAUCAGUCACCCCGCUCAAUCACACAACUCCAACAACCUGGACGACAGUGGUUCAGGGUCCCGCUCCCGCAGUGAGAUGAAGAAGAAGUCCCACAUCAAAAAGCCUCUGAACGCAUUCAUGCUCUACAUGAAAGAGAUGCGAUCUCAAGUGGUGGCGGAAUGUACGCUAAAAGAAAGUGCAGCUAUCAAUCAAAUACUUGGCCGAAAAUGGCAUAAUUUAACGAGGGAAGAACAAUCAAAGUACUACGAAAUGGCAAGGAAAGAACGGCAGUUGCACAUGCAGCUCUAUCCUGGUUGGUCAGCUCGUGAUAAUUACGCUAUCAAUCAAAGGAAGAAAAAACGGAAGAGAGACAAAUCACAAGAUGGAGAUGGCAAUAACCCAAAGAAAUGUCGAGCAAGGUUUGGCUUAGAUCAACAGAGCAGUUGGUGCAAACCCUGCAGGCGAAAGAAGAAAUGCAUCCGCUACAUCAGCGGUUCAGACAACACGGGCGAGAGCGAAGACAACAUCGGCAGCGUGGACAGCGUCGGGAGCCUGGAAGCUCCGACUCCGGACUCCAGGUACAGCGUCGAUGCCGGCCACCUCAGCGAUCGGGACUCCGGCAACGGAGACGUGGACGACGAACUCGAAGUCUCUUCGGAAUUCAGCCUCUCGAGCCCCCCAGUUCCUAGGCCCUCGGACAAUGUGCAAUCGAUGCUCGAGAACGGCAGGCCGCCCGUGAGCAGCCCCCCGUCUCUGCAGAGCCAUCACCCCCUAAAUGUGCAACAUUUGUCCAGGCCACACCAAAGCCCAGACGUGGACUUGAACCACGUGCAACUGCCCACCCCCCCUUCCACGGACUCUUCCAUGACGAAUGCUCCGCCCCUGCUGGCCGUUACAUAG